AGUUACAAAAAAAAUGUUCAGCAGGAGUAGAAGCUCCACCAGGCCACAAGGAGGCGCUGUUUACCACACAGCCCCCCGCGUGCCGUCUUCCAUCUGCUUCCUUCGCAGCGGCGGUCCUUCCGGUUAAGCGCCAUUGAAGAAUCCAGACAUGGCUAUCCGAUACCCCAUGGCUGUGGGCCUGAGUAAAGGCCAUCCAGUCACCAAGAACGUGACAGCUCCAAAGCACAGUCGUCGCCGUGGGCGCCUGACCAAACACAGCAAGUUUGUCCGGGACAUGAUCAGGGAGGUGUGUGGCUUCGCUCCAUACGAGAGGAGAGCCAUGGAGCUGCUGAAGGUGUCCAAGGACAAGAGAGCACUGAAGUUCAUCAAGAAGAGGAUUGGGACCCACAUUCGGGCCAAGAGAAAGAGGGAGGAGCUAAGCAACGUGCUGGCCGCCAUGAGGAAGGCAGCUGCCAAGAAAGACUAAAUCAAUAAAUGUUGUUCCAGUACAAA